GAUGGCCCUCGAGAAAAGAACCUGACUGUGGAGGCUGCAGAAGACCUGCCCCCACCCCCGGCCAUGCAGCCUGCCGCACGCCGGGGCCAUGUGACCACAGCAGGCCCAAGCACCACCCAGCAAGCGACCGUUACAGCCAGCCCUUCCAUCUCCGGUGACCUUCGGCUACUACACACGAUAGAUUGUGGAGAUCAGCUUCUUUGCUGCCAAUUCAAUAAUGACGGGACACGGGUCUGUGCAGGAGCAUGCGAUGGCACCAUUAAGGUUUUUUCUGUCAGUGAUGGAUCCCUUCAUCAUGUACUCGCUGAUAACGAUACCAGGAAACUGGGGUUGCCUACCACCUCUAUGCGCUUUUUGCCUCGUGGGCCAGCCCACAAUGCAGACGUCUUACUUGUCACCUAUUCUGGUGGGAUGGUGAAGCUAUGGCAUGUCCCUUCCCACACAUGUGUGCGGACCAUGAAGGAGGACCGCCAGACAAUGAUUUGCUGCUUUAACCCCUCUGGCUCCAAGUUCAUCACAGGUGGAUCGGGACCUGGGAUUUACAUGUACGAUGCUCAGACCUGGGAUAAACUGGGAAUUUUUGAGCCAAGUGAUUCCACAAAUGUGAUGGAUGGGCACAUGUCCCGGGUCUAUGCCCUGACCUUCUUCCCUGAAAAUGAUGACCGUUUUGUCUCUGGAGGAUGGGACAACACUGUACAGUUUUGGACAAUGCAGUCAAAACAUUCCCUAAGGCGUCUCUCUGGACCCCACAUCUGCGGUGAUGCUAUCUCUAUCGACAAAACUGGGGCACAGGUUCUUACAGGCUCCUGGAGGCGAAGUAACACCUUAGAGAUAUGGGACGCUGAAACUGGAGCCAAGCUUAUAGACAUCCCAGAAGACUUCCGGGGUCAAUCACAGAUUUACACUUGCCACUUCCUUGGCUUGGACCACAUUGUAGCCGGCGGGAGUCGGAACAACACAUGUCGGCUCAUCGACAGGCGAAUCCUCAUGAGCACAGGGGCACUGAAUGACCUGCCUGGGGGAGUCUACAGUACCCACAUCAAUGCCCGUGGAAUCCUAUCUGCCACUUCCAGCACCAACCUUUAUCUUGCACAGACUCCAGCACGGCCUUGAACUUUCCCUUCAGAUGGCGUCUCAGUAUAGGACUCUUACCGCUGCCAAGUGCUGCCAUCAACACCUUCCAAUCAUGCUCUGCUUUUGAUGAUUCUCAUCAACCAGGUGUGGCUUUCUCAACCUUGGCUUCUAUCAAAAUUCCAUCAUGGUCUGCUACAUAAGGACAUGGUGACGUGUCUAAUGUCAUCUCGGAACUAUCUGCUUCUGUGGACACUUUUGCAUCAUGCUCUGCCACUAGAGACUGAUACCAGACUAGAUGUGGCCAAUCCCACCAUGUUCUGCUAACAUUAUUAGCCUCUCAUCAUGGUCUUCUGCUUGCGAUGCACACCGUUAUGCCUGAAACCUUCCCAUCAUGCUUUGCAUCUAUGGACACCUCUCCAUUUUGAUCCAGUGCCAACGCAGAGAUGAUUAUUCCAGCAUUCUCUUUGCCCAUGGACAAUGGCAGAUUAUCAUUUGCUGGGAGGGGAUAUUGGCAGCCCCAUUACACCCCUAGGCUGCAGUUACCUUCCCAUAAUGCUCUAAUGCAGUUGUGGCCAACCCUACUAUGCCAUGUGGCUCCAAACCUACAUUUUCAUUGUCUGUUGCCAUGGCAGUGUGUCCUAACUUGACUGGCACUGUUCCCAGAAUGCUCUGGGAUUUGAAUCACUUCCCAUACUCCUCUGCUGUGGAGAAUCAUGACAAACUAAUAUGAAUGGCCAAUUCCAUCGCCCUCUGGAGGCCAGAACUGCCUUCCAAUCAAGUGUAUCGCUGCAUGAAUUUGUCAUACCUGCCGGGGGUUAAGGCAGCAAGUACCUCUCUCUCUCUCUCUCUCUGUUCCCCACAUCCCAGCUUGGCUACCCUGAAACACUGCCUUGGUGCCAAAUUAAACCAUCUUGGCUGGGCCUCUA